GUACACAAGAACUGGACUGAAGAUCAGAAGAUCAAUCCAAAUUUCAAAUCUUUUGGUUCAAAUCUUUGUCAGUAUGUGCAGAAGAGGUCUAGAGAGUACAACAAUGAGUCUCUACAGCAUUUUCUAAAGCAUGAUGGAGGCUCUGUCGUGGUUUGGUGCUGUAUUUCAAAUAAUGGUGUUGGGGAUCUUGUCGAAAUUGACGAAACUCUAUGUUGAAGAGUAAAGAUGCUUGUUUGUGCUUGUUUUUAUUACUUCUUCUUCUUCUUCUUCUUCUUUUUUUUACAUUUCGACAUGUGACAGAUAUAUUUUAUCCUCAUUUCCUCCGUUAACCAUUAGACUACAAUGUUGUAAUUGCUUUCAACAGCCAUGAAUAAUCCAGCCAUUUGAACAAUCAUGACUGCUUUGGUUCGACCUGGAGUUAAUAUUUCAGAGCUAUGUAAGGAAGGAGACAAGUUCCUUCGGAGCGGUGAGCUGGAGAGAGCCACCUCCUUGUACAUGUCUGCCUUCAGGACUCACGCCACCUCUGCGGUGUCCCACAUGAGAAAACUGGAUAAGUCCGGUCUGGAUUUGGUGAUCGCUACUCUAGAAGGCUGGCUUGACAGUCAUGUGAAGAAUCAGCCUGCAGAGGGUCUUAAUAAAGGUCUUGCUGCUGUUUUCCUCUCCACACUCAGUCCCAACAAUCUGUUAGCCACCAUUUACAAAAUGGAGUGUCUUCUUCAGAGUGACACGCAUGCCUGCGAGGAGAUUCUUGCUCGUUGCACAGCUAUGCUUGAAGGGAAGCGGAACCUUCCUCCAGAGGGUUCAACUCAUGUUUUGUUGGAGAUAACUCGAGCCCUCGCCUGCUUGUUAUCAGAAUCUCACAGGUUAAAGGGACUAAAGAUUUACCUCAAAGCUUACCGGAAUAGCAAGUCUGAAACUGUCACACUGGUGAAGAGCAGACAAGCGGGACACUUACCCAAAAUAGUGAAGGCCUUUGCAGAACAAAUCAUGCUCAUACAUCCCACUCUGGUAGUUGACAGCAAGUGGAGAGUGGGAACAAAGGACAAUGACAAGCUUGAAGAAGAAACUUCUGCUACUGUUAUUGAGUUUUUGCUGUCUAUUUCACCUAGUAACAAAGAAGUACAGGAACUCAAUGCAGCAUAUUUGUUUUUGAUGGGCAGGUUUAUGGACAGUGCAGAGGCAUACUCUUCCCUCUUGCAGUAUACUCAUGGCCAGAAAAUACCAGAGAGUACUAUAGAAAAAUUACUCCAAGAAACUCCUGAGAGGACAGCCAGACUCUUGACAAGCCGAGCAGCUGCUUGCUUUUCAGCAGGUGGAAAGAUUACAGAGGAGUGCACAGAUUUGGGGAAAGCAUUUGAGACUCACCCAGCCACGGCCCGAAUUUACUUCCAAAAGCUGUUCACAGAUCAGGGAACUGGGGUGGCAGCUUGCAACCAUCUCCGUCAGCAGGCGGAGAGAGGCCUGUCUGAUUACAGAGAGCAGGUCCUUGUCCGGGCAGAUCUGCGAUCUACUGACGGAGUUGAACUUCUGGACCCUGUUAUCACUCAGUUACGGACCCUGUGCCAUUUAGAACCUGGUGGGGGAGACAGAGAGUUGCGGGUCCGACUGGCUGAUUGUCUUCUCCUCAGAGGAGAGCACAAAGAGGCCCUCUCUAUCUGCAGCCAGCUAGCUGCCGCACAAGGUCAGCAGAGCUAUCAAAACACAGUCCACGUCCUUCGUGGAUAUGCACGAUUGCUCUCUGAUGACCAGAAGGGUGCAUUAGAAGACUUUCAGGCUGUGAUUGAACACAAUGCCCCCCACCCAUCAAGCUGUGUGCGAGCACUUUGUGGCAGAGGCCUCCUGCGAAUGAUGGGUGGCUUAAACUACCUGACUGCUUUAGACUAUGUGACAGCCAGCAGGCUGCAUCCUCAGGAAACAGCAUUUGCUGUGCGCUGCUUGGUACCCUGGAACUACCGUGGGCUGCUGUUUACUGUUCUGCUGGAGCAGGGACGAUUCAUGCUUGAAGGGUCUAGAGAUCACAAACCCAAGUCCAGUUCUGGUGAAGACUCCCAACAGCACCAAAAGGAGGAACAUAUGCAGACCGUAUCAAAGAGGGACAACCACAGAUCAAGGACUCCUGCUGGUGUCCAUUCCCUUGCUCUGUUGCUGAUGGAGCUCCAGCCCAGUGCCGAUGGGCCUCAGAUCUUGGCAGCAGAUGCCUUGUACCAGCUUGGUCGGGUGGAGGAGGCUUACCGAUUGCUGCUGUCCAUCGGGCCCACCAAUCCUCGGGCACCUAUCUUGGCUCGCCUUGCUUUGCUGCAGCUGCACAGAGGCUUUCUUUAUGACACCAAUCAGCUGCUGAAAAAGCUCAUCUUGUGUGGCGAUACCAGCUGCUUGCGCCCCCUGCUGGCAGUGGCACAACAGAAAGACAGAGCACUGCUGCAGGGACACUCCCACUCAGCUGCAAAACGCAUUUUGGACCGAGCAAGCGAGGAGAGCGGUGUCAGAGAGGCUGUGGCAUAUCUCUCCAUUGCUAUUAUGGCCUCUGGUGGCGAGGCAGCUGAAUCACUACUAGAAAGAGCGAGGUGCUACGCUUUGCUGGGUCAGCGAAAAACAGCCAUAUUUGACUUCAGUGCCAUUCUGAAGGAGCAUCCGAAACACGUGCAUGCGCUCUGUGGAAGAGGUUUCACAUAUCUCAUGCUGAAUCAACAAAAGGAAUGUACUCAUGAUAUCCUGGCAGCACUUCAGAUAAAUGCUGACAUAGUGACCAAAGACAUUCUUUCACUCAAGGACAGGGCACAGAAGCUGGUCUGUGAUUGGCUGCAUCAGUUCUGUCGUACCAACCUGUCAGAUAUUGUGGCCACUCAUGGUGUUCCCUGCCAUGAAGAGCAGCUUAGAGAGGCUUUCAUAAUUGGUGGAGCUUUGAUGAGGGCUGACUGUAGAAACCCCAGAUGGCAUCUGCUCUAUGUGGACAUCCUUUUGGCAAAAGGUGAGGUCAAAUCAGCAGGCGCUCAUCUGUGCCAGAUAUUUGGCCAGGAGCCAAGAGAUGCAGUGGCCCAGGCUCGGGUGGGUGUGGUGGAUGCCUGGCAGAAGAAGUACUGCAGCGCAGCUCGCAGGCUCAGCAAACUGGCUGAGAAGGAUUCAUCCUAUUUUGACUUCUUGCUGGCUCUCAUCCCAUUUAAUCAGCGAAAAUGCAUGGCACAGGAAGCAGCUCAGGAGGCCAACAGUGUGUCAUCAUGUGGUCAGUGGAAGCAGGCGCUUACCCUCCUGACUGUGGCAGUACAAUCAGAGGGCAGUCAGAGAAUGGAGUAUCUUCACCAGCGGGCUGUGUGCCUGACACAGCUGGGCUUACAUGAGCGGGCUAUAUCUGAUCUGGACAGAGUUAUACAGAAACACGAUGUACCUGACUACAGCUGUUCAGACCACCCUCAAGUCCGGGUGGAGGAUUUGUGCUUGCGAGGUCGCAGCCUGGUGCUCUGCUCCAAAGAAGGGCCAGCUCUGGAGGACUUCAUCCGGGCCCUGGAGCUCAACAGAGAACAGGCCAUCAAGUGUGUGGAGGCUGGGCUAGGAAAACUGCCUCUGGCUGAGUGCUUCCUGCGGGGGGCGCUGCAGCAUUAUGGGGAGCAACAUCUCAGUAAGGCUUGGACCUUGAUUGAAUGUGGCCUCCUUUUGGACAGUGAGAACACAGAGCUCCGCAGACUGAGGGCAAAAGUCAAACGAGAAGUGGCCAAUCCUUGCAACGUGAACUAGUGUUGACUGUGAACUGGACACAGAAUCUCCAGUGGAGCUGCAAAAGCUCCAAUCAGGUGAAUGUCCUACCUCAAAAUUAGAAACAAAGAAAAGAAAAACCUAAUCCCAAUCAUUUUGUUAUGCUCAGCUUCCAAAAUUUCAUGGGAUGUUUGGUGUUUCCAGAGCACACAUUGCUACUGUUUAUAUUAUUCCCUCAAAGUUCAGUUUAAACUUACAGGAUUAACAUCAGUGUCUUUAUGAUUACAUCAAAGCAAAAUAUUUAUUAUAAGAGGAGUAAGUGAAUUAAUAUUUAACACCACAAACACUUAUGACAUAAAACAUUAGCAAUGUAAUUAAUAUGAUAAUCACAAAAACCAAUAACUAUGCUAUCAUAAUGUAUAAGCAAAAUCAUUCAGCGUUCAAUGCUGUCACACCUAGAUAAGUGAUUUAAGAAAGUGCCAAGUGUGCAGGUUUUAUGCUUUUCAAAUGAAGACAAAUCUUUAAUCAUAUCCAUGGUGGCAAACACAAUUUAGCACACAGAAGUACAUGUGACUAUAAACACUGAAAUUUAGUUCACACUGCUGCCAUUGGAGAAUAAUUAAACAUAAUGUCAAAACACAAGUAGUUUUCACUGUGCCUCUACUCUUGGACUUUUUGCAUUGUAUGAUGUAUAUAGCAUUAGAUUUAUGCAUACACUGCUCAUGUAGCUGAGAUGAAACAUUCACUGUGGUAUUAUGCAUACACAGUAAUGUAUUGUGGUUCCAUAUUGCCAAAGUAGGACUUCUCCCACUCACUCAUGAGGUCAAAGUGCAGUGGGCGGUCACAGAAGGUGCAGGAAGCGGUCGCCGGGCCAUUGAGCAGAAGACCUGCUUCCUUCCAAACAUCCACCAGUUUCCCUGUGAAUGAUAAAAGUGUUUGUAAGAAUAAACAGUUAAAUGUUGAUAUUUAUUUUCUUUUAAAAUGUUUAAAAGUUCUGGUCUGAUUAUUCUAGCACGUGCCAUUUUUUUUAAGCUCCCCACAGAGCACGGUCAUUUAGGGGAGCAGGUCAAUGUCAGGAGAGCCACAAUGUCUUGUGGGAAAGCGUUUGCACUGACCAUUACCAAUUACAGCAAGUGGCCUCACACUCACCCACAAAGUACUCCAUCAUUUUGGGGUUGUGAUGAGGAGAUGGAGCCAGUCUCAGCAGCUCCUCACCACGAGGCACUGUGGGGUAGUUGAUGGCCUGUACGUAGAUGUUGUGCCUCUCCAGAAGGAUGUCACACACCUUGGUGUUCAGCUCAGCGUUGCCCACCUGGAAAAUAAAUCAUAAAAGAUGGCACAUGUCAUU